AUGAAUGAUGUGACCUUGAUCUCUGUGAUGCCCUCUUACUUCCUUUGGCACCCUCUCGCUACCUUUGGAGCCCUCUCACCAUCAAGUUCAGCGCCUUCUCGCUACCUUCAGCAUCCUCCCACUACCUCUUUGACUCAGGGACUGGUGCUCAAUCUCAUCCCCUCUCACUCGCUUGCUGUUCUUGCUGGCUGGCUCGCCAUGUCUCACUCACCCACUGUCUCUCGCUCACUGUCUCACAUGCUCGCUGGCUGCUCUCACCCACUGUCUCUCACCCUUUGUCUCUCACCCUCUGUCUCUCGCCCGCUGUAUCUCACCCUGCUGUCUCUCACUCGAGAUGCGCAGGUGUUCACAUUCCCCACUAACAUCGACGAUCAAAUCAGUUAG